AUGAAAACAGAGAAUUUUGUGAUUGGAGAUUUGAAGAAGUUAUCGCAACGAAUUAUUUUAGAGACACUUAGUACAGAUUCCGAAUGCAUUCGUUCUGAGUGUGUUGAAAGGGCAUUACGAGAUUUUCGAAAUAUUUCUUCAAAAAUCGAAAAACCUAAUAAUGCUAUAAAAGUGCAGUGGAAUGACGUCGGUGGAAUGCACAAUGUGAAGAAACUGCUUGAGGAAGUUUUUGUAUGGCCCAUCAAGUAUUCGGCAUUGUUCCGUAACUGUGCGAUUCGUCCCGGUAGAGGAGUAGUGCUAUACGGAGCGAGUGGUUGCGGUAAGACGCUUAUCGCGAGGGCAUNGGGCAUUGGCAUCCGAAUGUCAUUUGAACAUCAUUUAUAUCAAGGUAUGAAUCUUUGUUCAUUCAGAUCACCUGAUGGCCCAGAAUUACUGUCGAAGUAUAUCGGACAGAGUGAAGAAAAUGUUCGAAAUGUAUUCGAGAGAGGUCGUUCCUCGAAGCCAUGCCUGAUAUUUUUCGAUGAAUUUGAUUCGUUGGGCACAAAAAGAGGUCACGAUAAUACUGGUGUUACGGAUCGCAUUGUCAAUCAACUACUCACCGAAUUAGAUGGAGUCGAUUCAUCGAACGAUGUAUUUGUAUUGGCUGCAACGAAUAGAAUUGACUUGAUUGAUGAGGCACUGCUGAGACCUGGUCGUUUUGAUUAUCUGAUCGAAUGCAAAUUGCCAAAUGUGGAAGAGCGUUUAUCAAUAUUGCAAGUGUUGUGUCGGAAUGUUAAACUCGAUUCAACUAUCAAUCUGCGAAAUAUUGCCGAAGCAACUUCUGAUUACAGUGGUGCAGAUCUGAAGGGAUUAGUCACAAAUGCGCAGUUUAAUGCAAUGCGACAUUCCGUUAAAUCUUAUAAGCAAAGUGCAUCGAAUGAAGAUGAAACAGCGCCUAAUGAUGAAGAAUAUCUUAUCCGACCGGAAGAUAUGGAAUCGGCUUUAAUUGAAUCAUCGAAAAAGACUCAAAAACGGAAACGAAAAAAUUCGCUUAAUUUCAAACGUGAAACUGGGCAACGUGUUACAUUGGCCUGA